CCUCUUUCCGCUUUAGAUGAACUAUGGACAAGGAGGGUAACGGUUUGUUUUGAAGAUGCAGGAUGAAAAUAUGGCCCAGCUGACUCUUCCCCCCCCAGGACCAGACAGCUUCCGCCCGUUCACCCGUGAGUCUCUCACCGCCAUCGAGAACCGGAUCGCCAAAGAGAAGAGCGAGAAGCCCAAGGGCAAGAAACGCAGCGACGAUGAGAACGGCCCCAAGCCGAACAGAGGCCUUGAGGCCGGCAAGCCGCUGCCCUUUAUUUAUGGGGACAUCCCUGGCGGCAUGGUCUCCACCCCCCUGGAGGAUCUGGAUACAUUUUACAGCAAUCAGAAAACCUUUGUUGUGUUGAACCGAAAUAAGACCAUCAACCGCUUUAACGCCACAUCUGCCUUGUACAUCCUAAGCCCCUUCAACCCAAUCAGGAGAAUAGCAAUUAAGAUUUUGGUUCAUUCGUUAAUAAUGUUCACUAUCCUCACAAACUGUGGGUUUAUGGCCCAACAUAAGCCACCAGAUUGGGCAAAGAAUGUGGAGUAUACAUUCACUGGAAUUUACACCUUUGAAUCGGUAGUAAAAAUACUCGCUAGGGGCUUUUGUAUAGGGAAGUUUACCUUCCUGCGAGAUCCCUGGAACUGGCUGGAUUUCAGUGUUAUUGUCAUGGCGUAUGUAACAGAGUUUGUAAAGCUGGGCAAUGUUUCAGCUCUUCGCACUUUCAGAGUACUGAGAGUUCUGAAAACUAUUUCGGUAAUUCCAGGCCUGAAAACCAUCGUUGGUGCCCUGAUCCAGUCAGUGAAGAAACUCUCAGAUGUCAUGAUCCUCACCUUAUUUUGUCUAAGUGUCUUCGCACUAAUAGGACUGCAGCUGUUUAUGGGUAAUUUAAAGCAUAAAUGUGUAAGGGAGCCAAAUGACACAAGUAACGUCAACUGGACAGAGUACCUAAAUGACCCACGUAAUUAUUACACAAUAUCAAAUCAAAAAGAUCCUCUCCUCUGUGGGCAUGGCAGUGGUGCUGGGCAGUGCCCAGAGGGCUUUGAGUGCAGGAAAGCGGGUAAUAACCCAAACUAUGGAUACACCAGUUUCGAUACCUUCGGCUGGGCCUUCCUCUCUCUGUUCCGACUGAUGACUCAGGACUAUUGGGAGAGGCUGUACCAGCAGACUCUGCGAGCCGCCGGGAAGCCCUACAUGAUAUUUUUCAUUGUGGUGAUCUUCCUGGGGUCUUUCUACCUGAUAAACCUGAUCCUGGCCGUGGUGGCCAUGGCCUACGAUGAACAGAACCAGGCCACCAUAGAGGAGGCCCGGCAGAAAGAGCAGGAGUUCAAGGCCAUCGAGGAGCAGAUCAGAAUACAGCAAGAGGUACUCGGGAGAGCGGCGGCGGCAGCGGCUGAGAGCGGGGAGGACAGCGGGAGAGGCGGGGUCAGUGGGUCGUCCUCGGAGGCAUCCAAGUUCAGCUCCAAGAGUGCCAAAGAGAGGCGCAACAGGCGCAAGAAGAGGAGGCAGAAGGAGGAGGAGGGGGAGGGGGAGGAGGAGAAGGAGGAGGAGAAAGGAGACAACGAGAAGCUGCACACCUCUGAGUCGGAGGACAGCAUCAAAAGGAGGGAGUUUCGCUUUUCCAUCGAUGGCAACAGACUUUUGUACGAGAAGGGAAAUUCAUCCCCGAAUCAGUCACUCCUCAGUUUCCGGGGGUCCCUGUUCUUGCCCAGGUGGAACAGCCAGGCCAGCCUGUUCAGCUUCCAGCCCCGCGCACGUGACGCGGGCUCCGACAACGGCUUCGCCGAUGAUGAGCGCAGCGUGUUCGGGGACGGCGACAGCCCGCGGGACUCGGUGUUCACGCCGAGCGGGUCCGAGCCGCGCGGCGGCCUCAGCGUCGGCCGGGGCGGCACGGCAACACGUGCGCCGCCUCCCGCCAACGGCAACGUGCGCCAUGCCCUCACCUGCAACGGAACGCUGUCCCCGGUAGGCGGAGCCUCUGUGCCCACGUCACCUGUCGGACUCCUCCUGCCAGAGGGCACCAGCAGCGAAACAGAGCUCAGAAAGAACUCUAAUCAGCUGUCCGUGGACUUUUUAGAGGACUCAGCUGCAAGACAAAGGGCGCUGAGUGUUGGCAGUAUUAUAACAAUGGAAGAACUUGAGGAGUCAAGACAAAAAUGCCCACCUUGCUGGUACAAGUUUGCCCAGAGGUUCCUUAUUUGGGACUGUUGUCCGGUGUGGUUGAAGAUCAAGAAGGCAGUCAGCACAGUCGUGAUGGACCCAUUUGUAGACCUAGCCAUCACCAUCUGCAUUGUUUUGAACACAUUGUUCAUGGCUAUGGAACAUUACCCAAUGACAAAAGGGUUCAGCAGUGCGCUUACUGUGGGAAACUUGGUGUUCACGGGCAUCUUCACAGCUGAGAUGUGUUUCAAACUUAUUGCCCUGGAUCCUUACCGGUAUUUUCAGGAAGGAUGGAAUAUUUUUGAUGCAAUCAUUGUCAGUCUGAGUUUAAUGGAACUUAGCCUGACGAAUGUGGAGGGGCUGUCUGUGCUUAGAUCCUUCAGAUUGCUGAGGGUGUUCAAAUUAGCCAAGUCCUGGCCGACGCUCAACAUGCUGAUCAAGAUCAUCGGCAACUCCGUGGGCGCCCUGGGCAACCUGACCCUGGUGCUGGCCAUCAUCGUCUUCAUCUUUGCCGUGGUGGGCAUGCAGCUGUUUGGGAAGGACUACCGCGAGAACGUGGGGAAGAUCUCCGAGGACAAAAGGCCGCGGUGGCACAUGCAGGACUUCCUGCACUCCUUCCUUAUCGUGUUCCGGGUUCUGUGCGGGGAGUGGAUCGAGACCAUGUGGGACUGCAUGGAGGUGGCGGGACAGGAGAAGUGCCUCGUUGUCUUCAUGAUGGUCAUGGUCGUGGGGAACCUGGUGGUUCUGAACCUGUUCCUGGCCCUGCUGCUCAGCUCGUUCAGUGCAGACAACCUCUCGGCGAUGGACGACGACCGGGAGAUGAACAACCUGCAGAUCGCCGUGGGCCGCAUCCACCGCGGGGUGGACUUUGUCAAGGCCGCAGUGAGGCGGUCCUUCCAGAGGCUGUGCGUCAGGCGGAAGAAGGUUCUGGAGCAGCUCCGCAACCCCGAGGGGAACUGCAAGCACGCCACCGUGGAGUUCAGCAAGGACCCCAACAAGGAGGGCAACGGCUACCUGAUGGGCAUCAGCUGCAGCAUGGGGAAGUACGUGGUGGAAGAAGGGGAGUACACGUCCUUCAUCCACAACCCCAGCCUGACCGUCACCGUCCCCAUCGCCUUGGCCGAGUCCGACUUCGAGAACCUCAACACGGAGGACUUCUACAGCGAGUCGUCGGACACCGAGGCCAACAAAGAGAAACUGGCCGACGCUGACGACACUCUCAGCUCCUCAGAGGGGAGCACUGUGGACAUGAGACCCCCAGGAGAGGGAGGGGAGUGCAUGGAGGUGGAGCUGGAGGAGUCCUUGGAUCCAGACCCCUGCUUCACUGAAGGCUGUGUGCACAAGUUCAAGUUCUGCGACGUGAAUAUCAACGAUGGCAUUGGGAAGCAGUGGUGGAAAUUGAGGAGGACGUGUUUCAGGAUUGUGGAACACACCUGGUUCGAGAGCUUCAUCAUCUUCAUGAUCCUUCUGAGCAGUGGGGCACUGGCGUUUGAAGACAUCUACAUUGAGCAGAAGAGAACCAUUAAGGGCGUGCUAGAGUAUGCAGACAAAGUCUUCACCUUCAUUUUCAUCCUGGAAAUGCUGCUGAAAUGGGUGGCCUAUGGAUUUGCAAAAUACUUCACCAACGCCUGGUGUUGGCUGGAUUUCCUAAUUGUUGAUGUCUCCCUGGUCAGCUUGAUAGCAAAUGCGAUGGGCCUUUCCGAGCUGAGCGCCAUGAAGUCUCUGAGGACCCUGCGCGCUCUGAGGCCGCUGAGAGCACUAUCACGGUUCGAGGGGAUGAGGGUGGUUGUCAACGCCCUCCUGGGAGCCAUCCCCUCCAUCAUGAACGUGCUCCUCGUUUGCCUUAUCUUCUGGCUCAUCUUCAGCAUCAUGGGUGUCAACCUCCUCGCUGGGAAGUACUACCACUGUGUGAACACCAGCACUGGAGACAGGAUCCCCAUAGACAUCGUCAACAACGACACCCAGUGCAAGUCCCACCCCAACGGCGCCACCCGCUGGGUGAACGACAAGAUCAAUUUUGACAACGUGUUAGCUGGUUACCUGGCUUUGCUGCAGGUGGCAACCUUUAAAGGAUGGAUGGACAUCAUGUACGGAGCGGUGGACUCUCGCAAUGUGGAAUUGCAGCCUGAUUUUGAAUUUAACCCGUACAUGUACCUCUACUUUGUUGUAUUCAUCAUCUUUGGAUCCUUCUUCACACUAAACCUCUUCAUCGGUGUCAUUAUUGAUAACUUCAAUCAACAAAAGAAAAAGUUUGGAGGUCAGGACAUCUUCAUGACAGAGGAGCAAAAGAAAUACUACAAUGCAAUGAAAAAGCUCGGAUCGAAGAAACCUCAAAAACCCAUCCCUAGGCCAGCAAACAAGCUCCAAGGAUGUGUCUUUGACUUAGUUAUGAAUCAAUUCUUCGACAUCGCCAUUAUGGUUCUUAUCUGCCUCAACAUGAUUACAAUGAUGGUGGAAAGAGACGACCAGUCUAAAGCAACAGACAACAUCCUUUACUGGAUUAAUCUGGUUUUUGUCGUUAUCUUUACUGGAGAGUGUCUGCUGAAGAUGUUUGCGCUUCGCCAUUAUUUCUUCACCAGUGGUUGGAAUGUGUUUGAUUUGAUUGUUGUCAUCCUGUCAAUAGUUGGUAUGUUUCUUUCAGAUUUGAUUGAGAAAUACUUUCUCUCACCGACAUUGUUCCGUGUCAUUCGACUCGCCAGGAUAGGUCGCAUUCUACGCCUCAUAAAGAGCGCCAAGGGGAUCCGUACACUUCUGUUCGCCUUGAUGAUGUCACUUCCUGCCUUGUUCAACAUCGGGCUCCUUCUUUUCCUAGUUAUGUUCAUUUACGCCAUUUUCGGCAUGUCAAACUUUGCCUAUGUCAAGAAGGAGGCUGGUAUCGAUGACAUGUUCAACUUUGAGACUUUUGGCAACAGCAUGAUCUGCCUGUUUCAGAUCACGACAUCUGCGGGCUGGGACGGACUGCUGUCCCCCAUCCUCAACAACGACCCCACGUAUAACUGCAACAGCACUGUGGAGCAUCCAGGCAGCUCCUAUAAGGGGAACUGUGGAAACCCCACUGUGGGGAUCAUCUUCUUCGUCAGCUACAUCAUCAUCUGCUUCCUCAUCGUGGUCAACAUGUACAUCGCCGUCAUCCUGGAGAACUUCAGCGUGGCCACCGAGGAGAGCGCCGAGCCGCUGAGCGAGGACGACUUCGAGAUGUUCUACGAGGUGUGGGAGAAGUUCGACCCCGACGCCACGCAGUUCGUGGAGUACAACAAGCUGUCCGAGUUCGCCAACGCCCUGGACCCGCCGCUGCGCAUACCGAAGCCCAACGCCAUCCAGCUGAUGGCCAUGGACCUGCCCAUGGUGAGCGGGGAGCGCAUCCACUGUCUGGACAUUCUGUUCGCCUUCACCAAGCGCGUCCUGGGGGAGGGGGGCGAGAUGGACGCCCUCCGCGGGCAGAUGGAGGAACGCUUCAUGGCCUCCAACCCCUCCAAGGUGUCCUACGAGCCCAUCACCACCACCGUUCGCCGGAAGCAGGAGGACAUGUCCGCAGCCAUCAUACAGAUGGCCUUCAGGCGAUACGCCAUCAGGCGAGCUGUCAAAAAAGCCGCUGAUAUGUACAAGCAGAAGGUCAGAGGUGGGGGAAAGCUACCGGAUACGGAAGGCUCGGUAACGGACAAGCUCAGCGAGAGCGCUGCCUCAGAUAAAACUGACGCGACUCCUUCGACAGCUUCUCCAUGUCUGUCCAACGGUGUUGCAAAACCAGGCAAAGAGAAAUAUGAGAAAGACAAGACAGAAAAAGAGGACAAAGAUAAAGAUGUGCCAGAGAAUAAAAAGUAA